CAAGUGUCUGCGGGGCUGCCAGCGGCUCGGCCCGGGUGCGGGGACAGGGGCGGGCAGACGCCCCGGAUCUCGUCCCGUCCCCCCGUCACUCCCCCCUCCUCGUGUGCUCUCGGUCCCUCCCUGGGAACAGGCGCUGCCCACCCAAGGAGGCGACCGGCGCUGCUGCCCCGCUCCCGCUUGCUCACUCGCACACACAUAUACCCGUGCGUGCGCGUCUCCCGCUCCCUCAGUGAAGUCGGGGCUUGUGUUUCCAGGUUGCUCAGACGUGAAAUCUAAGGGAAAACGCUCAGCGUUUGCGUCGCUGCUCCUGCCGCUGGUGCUGGGAGCGGUGAAGAGGAGAGCGGGGUGGGUUUUUUUCGUUGUUUGGUUUGGUUUGGGUUUUUUUUUUUUUUUUUUUUUACUUUCCCUUAAAUUCAAUGGAUCUGAACUUGGAACCUUUGGACCUCGGCGAUUUUGGAAUAUCUUCAUGCUGAUCUUCCUUGUUGUGGCACAUCAGCUUGUUUGGGGAAACCAUCCGAAGACAGCAAGAUGUUUCUCGUUAUCUUGUACUUCGCUUUGCCCUUUGUGGAUGUACUUCUGUCCGCAGAAGUGAGCGCGCUGCCUGGAGGGGACCGCCUGGACUGCGUGAAAGCCAGCGACCAGUGUCUUAAGGAGCAGAGCUGUAGUACUAAAUACAGGACACUGAGGCAGUGUGUAGCCGGCAAAGAGAGCAACUUCAGCCGGGCGACAGGCCUGGAGGCAAAGGAUGAAUGCAAAAGCGCCAUGGAAGCUCUUAAGCAGAAGUCUCUGUACAACUGCCGCUGUAAGAGGGGCAUGAAGAAGGAGAAAAACUGCCUGCGCAUUUACUGGAGCAUGUACCAGAGCUUACAGGGAAAUGACUUGCUUGAAGAUUCCCCUUAUGAGCCAGUUAACAGCAGACUAUCGGACAUAUUCAGGCUAGCACCAAUUGUAUCAGUGGAGCCAGUACUUUCAAAGGGGAACAAUUGCUUGGAUGCAGCAAAAGCUUGUAACCUAAAUGAUACCUGCAAGAGGUUCAGAUCUGCUUACAUAACCCCCUGCACCAGCAGCACGUCUAAUGAAAUCUGUAACAAGCGGAAGUGUCAUAAGGCCCUCCGGCUAUUUUUUGACAAAGUCCCCCCAAAGCACAGCUACGGGAUGCUCUUCUGCUCCUGUCGAGACGUAGCCUGUACAGAAAGGAGACGGCAGACUAUUGUUCCUGUGUGUUCAUAUGAGGACAGGGAGAAACCAAACUGCCUGAAUUUACAAGAAUCCUGCAAGAAGAAUUACAUCUGCAGAUCUCGCCUUGCAGAUUUCUUCACGAACUGCCAGCCUGAGUCACGGUCUGUUAGUAGCUGUCUGAAGGAGAACUAUGCUGACUGCCUCCUCGCUUACUCGGGGCUUAUUGGCACGGUGAUGACACCAAACUACAUAGACUCAAAUAGUCUCAGCGUUGCCCCAUGGUGUGACUGCAGCAACAGUGGUAAUGACAUAGAUGAAUGCCUGAAAUUCCUGAAUUUCUUCCAGGACAAUACAUGCCUUAAAAAUGCAAUUCAGGCCUUUGGCAAUGGUACUGAUGUGAAUGUGUGGCAGCCAAUCCUACCAGUACAGACCACUACAGCCACAACUACAACAGCUUCCAGACUUAAAAACACAGGUUCAGAGACCACCAACAAUGAAAUACCCACCCACAACGAUUCACCAGCAUGUGCAAACCUGCAGGCACAGAAGAAGCGGAAAUCCAAUGAAUCUGUAGAUGCAGAGCUCUGUCUUAAUGAGAAUGCUAUCGAGAAAGACAACACAGCAGGAGUCUCCACCAGUCACAUAUCAUCGGAGAAUUCGCUCGCUCUUCCUGCAAGCUUCUGUCUAAGCACACAGCUCACUCUGAUGACACUUGCACUCUCACUCUGUUUGUUCCUAAGCUCAUCAGUCAUCUUGUAGCUGCGUUACAAAAGGACAUGUAAAAAAAUUAUCUGUUUCCUGUCCUCUGUUGUUUCUCUGGAAUUCCAGGUCUGGGAGCUAAGCUGAGGCACUCCUGCUAGAACAGUUGCAGUCAGCUGGAAUUUUCUUUCUUUCUCUCUCUAAAAAAGCUUCUUGUGAUAUUUAGAGGCUUUGUGAAAUACUUGGUGCAGUGCUACAUUCCAAACCCAAAAAGGCUUUUGGGCAUGCAGUGUUUUGAAGAGACAGUGUGUAAAUUUGCCUGUAAAGCGACCUGGUUGGAUUAUUUUAAUAAUAAUUAUUUUAAUUCUGGCUUUUACCUGAGAAGGAGGAUGGCAGUUUUCUUAAGAUCCUCAGAUUUAGCUCAUUGAAUGGUUUUGGUUUUCAAAUUGAUUGAACUUCAGACUAUCAAGAAUGCGAGGCUUUUGACUAAUGGUGAAUGUUCUCCCAGAGAGUGGACUUUAUGAAACUUCUUCAUUUGAUAAAUUGCUACUGAUGUUAAACUCUUUCAGUGUGUUAGCAUUUUCCUCUUUAAAUGUUUACGUACUGUAAGUAAUUCUGCGUUCCCUGCUGAGAAGCCAUUGUAAUUCACAUACAGGUAUAAUGUAUGUCUUUCAGUUAAAUUCUCAUAAAAAUAGAGUGUGGCAUAGAACUUUCUAACAGUACAUUUAUCUUUUAAUUUUAAUCAUCUAGCCUUAACAAGGGUGAAGACUCUUUAAAUUAACAAGAAUCAGCCAUUGUGAAAGCUUGAUAAAGUUAUGUUUCUUUAAAUUUGAGGACAAGUGGUAGAAACAAAUUUUGCUACAGGGUUUCAGCUGUACAGUCUAUGGUCUUCUAUGCUUCCUUGUGAUAAUAUAGUCCAGUUAUUAUACUGUUUGUUUAAUAAAAAAAUUACAUACAAUUUA